AUUCCAGUUGCUAAACUUUUUUUUUUUUUUUUUUUGACUAGGAAAGGGGCAGGGCUGAGUCUAAUAGUGACUGAUUUUAAAGACACUGGAAAUGCAGAGACCAUAUAUAGACUAUGAGAGCACUCCCAGAUUUCACCAGAUUGCAGAGAACAGUAUUCCUCCACUUUAGCAUGAAAAAGUUCUAAAAAAAAAAAAUUCAAGCUAAACAAGCUCUCUUCAGCGCCUCAAGUUUCCUUUCCUGAUACCCAGUGAUGGAAAACAGAAGCAGCAGGAUCAGUGACCUGCUCAUACAUGCCCUCAACAACCUCUCUCAGGAAGAGUUCAAAGGAUUUAAAGACAAAUUAUCACACUGUGACUUUGAGGGGAAAGGUAACAUCCCCCGAGGUCGGAUGGAGAAUGCUGAUGCAAUAGAUACGAAGAACCUCCUGAUGGCAUUCUAUGGUGGAGACGCUGCAGUAGAUGUGACCAUAGAAGUUUUCAAUCACCUCAAUCUCAGAGAAGCUUCUGCUAACCUCAGAGAAGAAAGAAAGAACGCUUUAUGUCCUAAACAAACUCCUGGAAGACCAGAUUACAGGGUGAAAUAUAGAGAACACAUACAAAACAAGUACAGAGUAAUAAAAGACUUGAACUCUCGUCUUGGUGAGAACGUGACUCUAAAGAGCAGAUACACAAAGCUGAUUAUUGUAAAGAAACAUUGUCACAAAAAGGAAAGAGAACAUGAAAUAAUGACCUUGGGAUGGAGACAUGAAGAAAUAAUGACUAAGCGAGCUAGUUCUAUCACCCUGGGUAAUUUAUUUAAAUGUGACGAAGAUGGACAAACACCACAAAUUGUUGUGCUGCUGGGAGCUGCGGGGAUUGGAAAAACAAUGACAGCAAGAAAGAUUAUGUUUGACUGGGCAGCUGGAGAGCUUUAUAAAGAAAAGUUUGAUUAUGCUUUCUACAUAAAUUGUAGGGAAGUGAACUUUGGCAGUGAGCAAGGAAGAAUUGCUGAUUUGAUUUUAAAGAAUUGUCCUAAUAAAAAUGCACCAGUUGAAGAGAUUUUGAUAAAUCCAGAGAAACUCCUGUUUAUAAUUGAUGGUUUUGAUGAAUUGAGAUUUUCCUUGGAUCAGCCAGAAGACAAUCUAUGCUCUGAUCCCUGUGAGAAGCAGCCAAUGGAAAUUACAUUGAGCAGUUUAGUUCGGAAAACUGUUCUUUUUGAAUCCUAUGUAAUAAUCACUACGAGACCAACUGCUCUGGAGAAACUCAGACAGUGUUUGGAAUGUGCACGUUAUGCAGAGAUCUUGGGGUUUUCUGCAGCUGAGCGGGAGGAAUAUUUCCACAAGUUUUUUGGGAAUGAAGAAAAAGCAAGAAAGGCCUUUAACUUUGUCAAAGAAAAUGAAAUGCUCUUCACCAUGUGCUUUGUCCCCAUUGUGUGUUGGAUAAUUUGCACGGUUCUGAAACAACAGAUGGAAGCAGGUGAAGAUCUUGCACAAACAUCCAAAACAAUCACUGGUGUAUAUAUGCUCUAUCUUUUCAGUUUAUUAAAGGGUCACAGCAGCAAUUCAAAGAAGCACACACCAGCUAACUUGAAGGGACUUUGCUCCUUGGCUGCAGAUGGAAUCUGGAGGCAGAAAAUACUCUUUGGGGAAGAAGAAAUCAAGAAGCACGGCUUAGAUAUAUCUGACUCUCUCUUUCUGAAUGAGAACAUGUUUCAGAAAGAUAUUGACUGUGAGUGUGUCUACAGCUUCAUUCACUUGAGUUUUCAAGAGUUUUUUGCAGCUUUGUUUUACGUGUUGGAGAAAGAAGAAACAACAACCGUGGAAGAUUCAGAAACUGCUAUGAACAAUGUGAAAAAAUUGUUAGAAAACUAUGGAAAGUCUAGAAAUUACUUAAUGUUAACAGUGCGAUUCUUGUUUGGUCUCUUAAAUGAAGAGAGAAUGGAGGACAUGGAGAAAAAACUUAGCUGCAAAAUUUCUCCCAAAAUUAAACCAGAUUUACUACAGUGGGUUAAAACAAAACCAAAAAUAUCGUCUUUGUCCCUGGAGUCUGAGGAGCUGUUCUUGGAGCCUGAUGAGGAGUUGUCAUCCUUUAAACGUAAUGCUGAGAUGAUUUACCAGCUUGAGGAGUUUCACUGUUUGUAUGAAAUUCAAGAAGAGAGUUUUGUGCAAAGUGCACUCAAUCGCUUCACUGAGCUAUAUUUAGCUGAAUAUAAUUUUACCAAAAUGGAUCAAGUGGCUCUUUCAUUCUGUCUAAAAAACUGUUGUAAGCUGGAGACGCUCUAUCUAAAUCUGUGUACGUUUGGAUUUGAAGACCCGAAUGAAGAUUCCCUACGGCCACCCAAGCAGCCACGUUUGGAACAGCAUUGGGAUGAGCCGACAUGUUCACCUAUUUACCUGCUCUGUCAAGCACUGAAGGAUCCAAACUGUAAAUUAAAGAAACUAAAGCUUACUAACGGCCAUCUUACCGACGCUUGUUAUAGGGAUCUCUCUUCUGCUCUCAGUACCAAACAGACCCUGACUGAGCUGGACCUGUCAAUGAACAACCUGGGAGACUCGGGUGUGAGACUACUGUGUGAGGGACUGAACCAUCCAGCCUGCAAACUGCAGAGACUGGGGCUUUCUAACUGCCAUCUCACGGCCAUGUGUGGUGGGGAUCUCUCCUCUCUUCUCAGCACCAAACCCACCCUGACAGAGCUGGACAUAGGGGAGAACAACCUGGGGGAUUCAGGAGUGCAGCUGCUGUGCGAGGGACUGAAACAUCCACACAGCAAACUGCAGAAGCUGCGGUUGAUGAAUUGUGGUCUGACAGCCAGUUCCUGUGGGAAUCUCUCCUCUGUUCUCAGGGCCAAACCGACCCUGACUGACUUGGAUCUUGUGCUGAACAACCUGGGAGAGGCAGGAGGAAUGAAGCUGCUGUGUGAAGGACUGAAACAUCCCGACUGCAAACUGCAGAAACUGAGGUUGAUGGGUUGCCAGCUCACAGCUGCUUGUUGUGAGGAUCUCUCCUCUGUUCUCAGUAUCAACCAGACGCUGACCGAGUUGGAGCUGAGGGGGAACCUCCUUAGAGAUUCAGGAGUGCAGCUGCUGUGUGAGGGACUGAAGCAUGCAAACUGCAAGCUGCAGAAACUGGGGUUGAAAAAUUUCCUUCUCACAGAUGCUUGCUGUGAGGAUCUCGCGGCUGUUCUCAGCAUCAGUGACAGCCUGACAGAGCUGGAGCUGGGUAUUGACUAUCUAAGAGAUUCUGGAGUGCAGUUGCUGUGUGAGGGACUGAAACACCCAAACUGCAAACUGCAGAAACUGCGGUUAUGGGGUUGUGAUCUCACAGCUGAUUGUUGUGGGGAUCUCUCCUCCGCUCUCAGCACUAGCCAGUACUUGACAGAGCUGGAACUGGGGUAUAACGAACCUGGAGAUUCCGGAGUGCAGCUGCUGUGUGAGGGAGUGAAACAUCCAAACUGCAAACUGCAGAAACUAGGCUUGUGGAAAUGUCGUCUCACAGGCGCUUGCUGUGGGGAUCUCGCUGCUGUUCUCAGAACCAGCCAGAGUCUGACAGUGCUCAACCUGGCUGGUAAUAAACUGGGAGAUGCUGGAGUGCGGCUGCUGUGUGAGGGACUGAAACACCCGAACUGCAAACUGCAGAAAUUGGAAAUGUGGAGUUGCGGUGUCACAGACGCUGGCUGCGCGGAUCUCGCCGUUGUUUUCAGAACCAGCCAGAGCCUGACAGAGCUGAACCUGGGUGCUCAUUAUUCUCUGGGAGAUGUCGGAGUGCAGCUGCUGUGUGAGGGACUGAAACACCCGAACUGCAAACUGCAGAUUCUGCGAUUGUGGAGUUGUCGUCUCACAGAUGCUAGCUACGGAGAUCUCGCCGCUGUUCUCAGCACCAGCCAGAGCCUGACAGAGCUGGACCUGAGUCAUAAUAAACUGGUUUCAGUCUCCAAGGUGCCACAAGUUCUUUUUGAUAAUAAACUGGGCGAUGCCAGAGUGCAGCAGCUGUGUGAGGGACUGAAACACCCAAACUGCAAACUACAGAAAUUGGAGUUGCGGGACUGUGGUCUCACAGACACUGGCUUCGGGGAUCUUGCUGCUGUUCUCAGAACCAGCCAGAGCCUGACAGAGAUGGACCUGGGUGGUAAUAAACUCGGAGAUGCUGGAGUGCGGCUGCUGUGUGAGGGACUGAAACACCCGAACUGCAAACUGCAGAAAUUGGACUUGCGGAGCUGCGGUGUCACAGCCGCUGGCUGCGGGGAUCUCGCCCCUGUUCUCAGAACCAGCCAGAGCCUGACAGAGCUGCACCUGCGUGGUAAUAAUCUGGGAGAUGCCGGAGUGCGGCUGCUGUGUAAGGGGCUGACACACCCGAACUGCAAACUGCAGAGACUGGACUUGCGGAGCUGCGGUGUCACAGCCGCUGGCUGCGGGGAUCUCGCCCCUGUUCUCAGAACCAGCCAGAGCCUGACAGAGCUGAACCUGCGUGGUAAUAAUCUGGGAGAUGCCGGAGUGCGGCUGCUGUGUAAGGGGCUGACACACCUGAACUGCAAACUGCAGAGACUGGACUUGGGGUACUGCGGUAUCACAGCCGCUGGCUGCGGGGAUCUCGCCCCUGUUCUCAGAACUAGCCACAACCUGACAGAGCUGAACCUGUGGGGUAAACUGGGAGAGGCCGGAGUGCGGCUGCUGUGUAAGAGGCUAAAACAUCCAAACUGCAAACUACAGAAACUACACUUUGAGGAGUGUGAUCUCACAGACACUUGCUGUGGGGAUCUCGCCGAUGUUCUCAGAACCAACCAGAGCCUGACAGAGCUGAAGCUGGGUGGUAAUAAAUUGGGAGAUGCCGGCGUGAAGCUGCUGUGUGAGGGACUGAAACAAAACUGCAAAUUACAGAGCCUGAACUUGGAGGAGUGCGGUGUCACAGACGCUGGCUGUGGGGAUCUCACUGCUAUUCUCAGAACCAGCCAAAGCUUGACAGAGCUGGACCUAAGUGGUAAUAAACUGGGAUAUGCCGGCAUGCGGCUGCUGUGUGAGGGACUGACACACCGGAACUGCAAAUUAGAGAGACUGCGGCUGUGCGAUUGUGGUCUCAGUGCUGCAUGUUGUGGGGAUCUCUCCUCUGUUCUCUGCACCAGCCAGACCCUGACAUACCUAGAUCUAAGGCGGAACAAACUGGAGUAUUCAGGAAUGCAGCAGCUGUGUGAGGGGCUGAAACAUCCAAACUGCAAACUGCAGAGACUGGGCUUGGAGGACUGCGGUGUCACAGCCGCUGGCUGUGGGGAUCUCGCUGCUGUUCUCAGAGCCAGCCAGAGCCUGGCAGAGCUGGACCUGCGUGGUAAUGAUUCUCUGGGAGAGGCCGGCGUGCAACUGCUGUGUGAGGGAUUGAAACAGCCAAACUGCAGAUUAGAGAGACUGCGGCUGUGCAAUUGUGGUCUCAGUGCUGCAUGUUGUGGGGAUCUCUCCUCUGUUCUCUGCACCAGCCAGACCCUGACAUACCUAGAUCUAAGGCGGAACAAACUGGAGUAUUCAGGAAUGCGGCAGCUGUGUGAGGGGCUGAAACAUCCAAACUGCAAACUGCAGAGACUGGGGGUGGACUUUGGCCAUCCAACUCCAGAGAUGGAGGCAGAGCUGGAUGCUGUGAAAAAGAUAAAACCUGGUUUGAACAUAAAGAUAUAGCUGGAGAACUGAGUGGGAGCCAUUGCACCAACAUGGCUCUGGGAUUAUGAAAUGGAGGGGUCUGGUAACACCCCCCCACACACCUUUUUAGUUUCUCACUGCAGGGGGGUGACCCAGGAACCAUCUUUGGAUCCAGAUCCUGUUCCAAUAGCUCAGUCAUUAUUUGUUGUAUGUUUCUUCUCCUACCCCUCAUGUCAUAAAUAUAAAGGGAAGGGUAAACCCCUUUAAAAUCCCUCCUGGCCAGAGGAAAAAUCCUCUCACCUGUAAAGGGUUAAGAAGCUAAAGGUAACCUC